UUGCGCAGAAGAAUAAAAAAUGGCUUAGCUUGGAGACAAAAAAAAUCAUCUACCCCGUGAGAAUUUAAAUAAUUAGUCUGUAUGGAGGUAAAUAUAUGAGCCACAUAUUUUCAGUGACACAACAACUACUAACCCAUCUGUGAAGCAGUCAAGAGUUUCGUUUAAAUGUAAGGACCUUAAAAGAUCUCUAAGGAUGCCGCUCUUUGGAAACACAUUCAGUCCGAAGAAGACUCCACCUCGCAAAUCUGCUUCUCUGUCCAGCCUGCACACGUUGGAUCGUUCAACAAGGGAAGUGGAGCUGGGUCUUGAGUAUGGCCCUCCUGUGAUGAACAUUGGAGGUCAAAGCUGGAAGUUUGACGAAGGACAGUGGAUAACAGAAUCUGGCGGAAAUGCAUCUGGUAGAGAAUUGCAGCGUCUUAAGAAAAGAAAUGUUCAGCUGGAGGAAGAGAACAACCUCUUGAAAGUAAAGAUUGAAAUUCUCUUGGACAUGUUAACAGAGACAACUGUUGAAUACCACCUGAUGGAGAAAGAAGUGGAAGACGUAAAGACUCAACAUCGACGGAAGAAAUGACUAAUCUAAUUCCUUUUUUAUAGGACAUGUUUUCAUGUUUGUAGUUUGUUAAAGUGAAACUGUUACUUUGCUUUUUGCUUCUGUUUUAAGUUUGACAAAAUAAGUAAAAAAUAUUAUAAUUUGCUAAUCAUUUCUGUCAGGUCUCUGUCUCGCUUGUGUUUAUUGUUGGUACCGCUGAAUACGACUAAGUGACUAUUUUUAUAGGCUCUGUUCUGCAUUUACUUUAUAACAACAAAUCGGA